AUGUUUAUCGCUUUCGAAUCUGUAACUAUGUAUCAUGGGCUGUUGCUCAUCCCGUGUGCUAUCAUUAUCACCAUCUUCUACUACACUGCACUCGCCAUCUAUAACAUCUACUUCCACCCCCUCUCCUCCUUCCCAGGCCCACGUCUCGCAGCGGCAACACCAUGGUGGACAGCACUCUCCUACCUAAACGGUCGCACUCCCUACGACCUUCUCGAGCUACACAACACCUACGGCCCCGUCGUGCGCACAUCUCCCGAUUCCCUGUCGUACAUCAAGGCGCCGCAGUGGAAGGAGAUUUACGGGCACAAGGCGCCCGGUCAGCUCGAGUUCAGUAAGGACAGUAAGUAUCAUUCUGCGCUCAAAGGCGAUGCAGUGAUUAUAAAUGCGGACCGGGAGUAUCAUUCGUACAUUCGUAGGUUGUUCGCGCAUGGCUUCUCGGAGAAGGCUAUGAGGGAGCAGGAGGAGGUGUUGAAGGGGUUUGUUGAUGUCUUGUUUGCGAAACUUGGGGAGGUGGGGGAGGGAGGACGGCCUGUUGAUGUUGUGGAGUGGUAUAAUUUUCUCACCUUCGACUUCAUCGGAUUCCUCACCUUUGGCGAGUCGUUUGACUGCUUGACAACGUCGACCCUUCACACUUGGGUCCAGAUCUUCUUCGCCCUGGCGAAGUUCAUGUCCUUCCACCAGGCCAUCUCCCGUCUCCCCAAGUUGCUCCAGCUUCCCGCGACGCUGUUGACGAUGCCGAAGACUAUUUCUAAGGAUGUGAAGACGCUGAAUGAACUUCAGAGUGAGAAGGUUCAGCACCGGCUCAAGACGGAAGCAACCGUCCCUGAUUUCAUGGAGAGGUUGAUUUCGGCGUACAACGCGGGGAAAAUGUCGUAUAAACAACUCGAAGGGAACUCCCAGAUCCUCAUCGCUGCCGGGAGCGAGACCACGGCGACUUUGCUCGCAGGACUCACAUACCUCCUCACCCAGAACCCCCGCGUUCUCGCCAAACUCACAAGUGAAGUUCGCUCAACCUUUUCCCACCCAGACGAAAUCACUUUCACGGGCGUCAAUAGCUGCAAGUACCUCCUCGCCUGCAUCGAAGAGGCUCUCCGCGUCUACCCGCCCUCCCCGCAACCGCACCACCGCAUCGUGCCCGCCGGCGGCGCGACCGUCGACGGCGUUUUCUUGCCCGAGGGCACGGCAGUCAGCAUUCCCAUCUACGCUGCCUCGCACAGCCCCCUCAACUGGACGCUGCCGGAGGAGUUUAUCCCUGAACGAUGGAUGACUACAAAGGAUGAUGGCAACAAGGACGGAGCAGCCGAUGAGGAUGUGGACGUGCGGCUGUUUGCUGGAGACCAGCGUGAUGCGUCGCAGCCGUUUCAGGUUGGGCCGCGCAACUGUAUUGGUAGGAAUUUGGCUUAUGCCGAGAUUAAAAUCAUCAUGGCGAGGUUGUUGUGGCAGUUUGAUAUUGAGAAUGCUACAGAGGGGGAUUGGAUAGGGACGCAGAAGGUGUUCAUGGUCUGGGAGAAGGCACCGUUGUGGGUGAAGUUGCAUCCUGUGCAAAGAGAUUGA